UUAGGCUCCGCUGCAGGUUGGCGAUUCUCUAGGCAGCGGAGCUUCCGAGAACCAAGCGGCGCUCCCCGCUGCAGGGCCCGGCUGGACGGCGUGAGGCAGCAGCUGGCUUGCCAGCGGAGAUGUCGGCUUAUUUAUAGGAAUUACUUGAAGCCAGAGUCAUGGUGGAUGUAGGAAAGUGGCCUAUCUUCACUCUGCUCUCACCUCAAGAAAUUGCAUCUAUUCGGAAAGCAUGUGUCUUUGGUACGUCAGCCAAUGAAGCACUGUACGUUACUGACAACGAUGAGGUCUUUGUAUUUGGACUGAACUACAGUAACUGUCUAGGAACUGGCGAUAACCAGAGUACACUUGUACCCAAAAAGCUGGAAGCCUUAUGUGGAAAGAAGAUUAAAAGCCUUAGUUAUGGGAGUGGACCACAUGUUCUUCUCAGCACUGAAGAUGGAGUGGUUUAUGCCUGGGGCCACAAUGGAUACAGCCAGCUUGGGAAUGGGACAACCAAUCAAGGCAUUGCUCCCAUCCAAGUCUGUACCAAUCUCUUGAUCAAGCAAGUGGUUGAAGUAGCUUGUGGCUCACAUCAUUCAAUGGCUCUUGCAGCUGAUGGAGAGGUAUUUGCAUGGGGGUACAACAACUGUGGCCAGGUGGGAUCAGGAUCUACAACAAACCAACCAACUCCUCGAAAAGUUACAAACUGUUUACAUAUUAAGAGGGUGGUUGGCAUUGCCUGUGGCCAGACCUCAUCCAUGGCUGUUCUGGACAAUGGGGAGGUGUAUGGCUGGGGUUACAAUGGCAAUGGUCAGCUAGGCUUGGGCAACAAUGGCAAUCAGCUGACCCCUGUGAGAGUGGCAGCUCUGCACAGCGUGUGCGUGAACCAGAUUGUCUGCGGCUAUGCACACACUCUAGCACUAACAGAUGAGGGCUUGCUCUAUGCCUGGGGAGCUAACACCUAUGGGCAGCUGGGGACUGGCAAUAAAAAUAACCUGCUAAGCCCAGCACACGUCAUGGUGGAGAAAGAAAGGGUAGUAGAGAUUGCAGCCUGCCACUCGGCCCACACCUCAGCUGCCAAGACCCAGGGCGGGCACGUGUACAUGUGGGGCCAGUGCCGGGGCCAGUCCGUGGUCCUGCCUCACCUCACUCACUUCUCCUGCACCGAUGACGUGUUCGCCUGCUUCGCCACUCCUGCCGUGUCCUGGCGCCUCCUGUCUGUGGAGCAUGAAGACUUUUUAACAGUUGCUGAAUCACUGAAGAAAGAAUUUGAUAGUCCGGAAACUGCUGAUUUGAAGUUUCGAAUUGAUGGGAAAUAUAUCCAUGUCCAUAAAGCUGUUCUGAAAAUCAGGUGUGAGCACUUUCGAUCCAUGUUCCAGUCUUACUGGAAUGAAGAUAUGAAGGAGGUGAUAGAAAUAGACCAGUUUUCUUACCCAGUGUACCGUGCCUUUCUCCAGUACCUCUACACAGAUGCAGUGGACCUGCCGCCUGAAGAUGCUAUAGGUCUUUUGGACUUGGCCACGUCUUACUGUGAAAACCGGCUGAAAAAGCUCUGUCAGCACAUCAUCAAGCGCGGAAUUACGGUGGAGAAUGCCUUUUCAUUAUUCUCUGCUGCAGUCAGAUACGAUGCAGAGGAUUUAGAAGAAUUCUGCUUUAAGUUUUGCAUCAAUCAUUUGACAGAAGUUACACAGACUGCAGCAUUUUGGCAAAUGGAUGGCCCUCUGCUAAAGGAAUUCAUUGCUAAAGCCAGUAAAUGUGGAGCCUUUAAGAACUGAAGCCCCAGGCUGCUGGGUUUUGCGAGUGCUCUGGGGCCCGGGCCAUGGUGCCUGCUUUGUGCUCUGCGGGUGAUUAAUUUUGCAGGUAAAAACCCGUCAGCUUGUUUUUCACAUCUUGAGACACUGUUCUCCAUGUAGGAAUGUAUGAAGGAUGUUCAGCUUUCCUGAACCCGUUUUAAACAACUCUUGUUUCCAGAUACAUGCAUUUUAAAUGUGACUUUAAUUCGGCUGGAACAUCGUAAAGAGGUGAAAGUUUAGCUGGUCGUCUCUUUUUGUUUUGUUUUGUUUUGUUUUGCUUUUGAUUUGAGGAACUGCUGAACUUGGAAAGGAGAAGUUUGCGGUAAUUCUCCUGGCUCACAUAUUAACAACCCUUUCUACCCCAGGAACAGAUGGUCUGUGAAUUGUGAGCUAGACAUAGAGGCCCCACCUUGAAUUAAAGAUGCUGACUUUGGGGCUUUGAAAGGCUGCAUUAGUUGCUAGUUCACUAGCCGGACUGUGAAGGAAGAUACUGUGUAGUGAAGAUAGUUUGAGGCUUUUGUUUGUGUUUGCACUACUGAGGACCUUUUGUAACUUCACGGUUGUAUCAAAACAAUAUUUAGUUUAAUAUGAGUUAAACCUAUUAAGAUGAUGAUUAUGUAAAGAUAAACUUGUAGGUUAGCCAAGAUUUCUCUUAAGACUUAAGCCCAUAAAGAGUAGUAAUUUAGGACUACCUGUAAAAAGUUGAUAAUGAAAGAAACUUUGGGCAGAGGUCAAUAUUUUAUAAGUUAGACUCUCCACUACUAUCCAACAGUGUUUUGUUUUUAUUAAGAUAAAGUCUGAGAACUGAAGUUUAAAUUUGACCCCCCACCGUUUCCCCCAAAAUGCUAAUUAUGAGAAGAAAGUAAUGGCAUAUUCAGUAUACACUUGCCUUCCUAAAUUAUGGCUGCUAGAUCAUCAGAUCCACUACAUCUGACUCAGAAGUUGUUCUUAAAACGAACUUUCUGGUAGGACUUCUUGGAAUUUGUUUAAUCUCUUCUAUCUGUAGACCAAGUAUUGCACAUUUGCUUAUUUGCUGCUUCAGCUUUUGCUUUUUAUUUCCUCAUCUUUUGAUUGUGUUAGGUAUAAUAUUUAGUACAAUUUAACUUUGACCCUUAAUUUAAGGGUCAAAAUUAUGAUUUCUCUGAAAAGAUCCUUUUAAAUAGGAUCCUUUUAAGGACAGUUUUGCUUUUUGUUUCCUUUCUUUUCUUUUUUGGUCUGAUUACUGAACAUGACCUUUGGAAGAAGAGUGUUCAACUCUGAGUUUAAUCAUGUGUGUCUGUUGAGCUUGCUGUAAGAACAAAGCUUAGUUCUGCUCUCUGGCUCAUGGAUUCAUUUCCAUUUGUGGGCACUCCCUCAGUCAGCCGUUUCCUGUUUGGAAGGUCUCUCAUCUGAACUCGGAGCCCAAACACAUUUCAGAGCCAAAUUAAGAAGAGGGUGAAGAUACACUGCGGCUACUAUUUUUAGCAGUGUUUCUAAGUGUGUCUAGGGUCUUGGGUGGGAGUGAGGGCCCCAAGAUAGGAAUUCGAUGAUAAGUGAGACAAAUUCAAACCUAGAAGGUCCUGGCUCCCUUUUCUUGACCAUGUCAUAAGUGAUUGAAGCCCAAUUACUAAUUAGGAUUAGUUCUGCAACAUGAUAGAAUUUUUACUAGGUUGAUAAAUGCACAUUAAUUUGAUUAUUAGCUAUGAUGGGUUGUGUCUGUAACAAUCACUGUUCUAUAGGCUUAUGAUCUGGACAAAACAAGAACUGCGGUAUGUUUACUAUUGCUCUUACUUGAAAAAACUUAAAGAAAAAAAAAAGCACAAAUUAAAGUAGUAGAUCCAUUUCCAUAGAUUGUUUAUUCAUUCAACAGAUAUUUGUUGAGGUUCCUUAUAUAGGUAAAGAACCACUUCUCAGAUCACUGAGUAAUUUGUAUGAGUGUGUGUAGUGAAGAAAAUGGAAAUAAGUUCUUUGAAAAGUACUUGAGUAUCUUUUUUUUUUAAUACACUCUUAUUUUUCUACUUGGUUUUAUUGUUGAUCAUAGGAAAUGAAAACCGUUCUUUGAAUUGUUUUUUUUCAUCUGAUGUAAUAAUGAAAGCCAAAGUAUUAGUAUUUCUUAAGAUAACCCUAAAUGUACUCUUGAACUUCUUACUGGAACAAUGUUUGAUACUCUAGUAUAUAGGCUGUAUUUAUGUAAUGUUUAGAAUGACAUAUUAAUAAAUAAUCUGUCAAGACA